UGACGGUGGUGGAGGACCUGUCCAACCACGAAGGUUCGAUGGUUGUAGGAGCAGGCAUUGGUGGGGACGGGUUGGUGGUCGGACGAGACGGUCCUGCUCCAAGCUCUGUGAUUCUGCAGCCCCGUGACUCGUGCUGCAGCCUCUCCUGGGCUCGGGCACAGAACGGGGUUGGGACGACGCGGGGUCACAAGGAGCAGCGCUGCCGCGGCCCCCCAGCGCGUGCCUCCCCACACAGGUGCAGGAGUGGAACGUGGAACCCCCCCACCUGAUGCCCCUGCAGCCACCGCUGCUCCCGGAGCGGGCGCACGUGAGGGAGGCACAGCUGCACUCAGCCGAGGCGUCGCUGUGGACGGUGGUGGCCACAGUGCAGGCGAUGGAGAGGAAGAUCGACCUGCUGGCCACCCGGCUGCUCAGCCUGGAGGGCCGCUCAGGAACGGCCGAGAAGAAACUCCUGGACUGUGAGAAAACCGCCAUGGAGUUCGGCAACCAGCUGGAGAGCAAAUGGGCCGUGCUGGGCACCCUCAUCCAGGAGUACGGGCUGCUGCAGCGGCGGCUGGAGCACGUGGAGAACCUGCUGAAGAACAGGAACUUCUGGGUGCUGCGCCUGCCCCCCGGCCCCCGUGGGGAGGUGCCCAAGGUGCCGGUGACGUUUGUUGACAUCGCCGUCUACUUCUCGGCGGAGGAGUGGAAGAAUUUGGAGGAGUGGCAGAAGGAGCUGUACAACAACCUGGUGAAGGAGAACUACGAGUCGCUCAUCUCCCUGGAUGCCGCACUGUCCAGGAGUGACACACAGCCCCGGCUGGAGCGUGGGGACGUGCCCUGCGUCCCCGAUCAGCAGGACCUGGAGCAGCGCGAGAUGCCGGCAGAUGCCUGUGCGGAGCCGCUGAUCUCCACCUCCGACAUCCUGUCCCGGAUCAAGCAGGAGGUGGCAUUUGUUGGGGAGCAGCAGUUUGGGGAGGAGCGGGGGAUGCCCACCGACCCCUGUGCAGGUGAAGUCUCCAUUGCCCGCAGCAUCUGCCGUCCCUCAGCACGGUCCCUUCCCCACAGCCCCAUGUCCCCAUCCCUGUCCUUCCCCACAGGUGCAGACGCCCUGAUCACAGCUCACGACUUCUUGUCGUGGAUCAAGCAGGAGGAGGAACCGUGCGUCAGGGAACCCUGGGAGCUGCCAGAGAGGGAAAUCCUGCCUGGUCCCGUCCCUGGUCCUGGCCCCGCCGGUGAGGCGCUGCUGGUGAAGAUGGAGGAGCAGCGCUGUCCCCGCGCCGAGCCUCCCGAGGAAGUGCUGCCGGGCGCCUCGGGCGAGCUGCUCUUCCCAGCCCCGAGCUUUGGGACCCCGGAGGGACAGGCCGUGCCGGCGGCGGCCGGGGGCAACGCGGCAGCGCAGCACAGACUGAGCAAAGCGCUGAGCGCCGAACCGGGGCCGGCGGCCGAGCCGGUGGGGGUCCCGGUGCCGGUGUCGGUGUCGGAGGAGCGUCCGCACGGCUGCGCCGAGUGCGGGAAGAGCUUCAGCGGGAAGAAAAGCCUCCGCAUCCACCAGCGCAGCCACGCGGCCGAGCGGCCGUACCCGUGCGCCGAGUGCGGCAAGAGCUUCAACUGUCACUCGGGGCUGGUGCGGCACCAGAUGAUCCACCGCGGCGAGCGGCCCUACAAGUGCACCGAGUGCGGGAAGUGCUACAGCCGCAAGGAGCACCUGCAGAACCACCAGCGGCUGCACACCGGGGAGCGGCCCUUCGUCUGCGCCGCCUGCGGGAAGAGCUUCAUCCGCAAGCAGAACCUGCUCAAGCAUCAGCGCAUCCACACGGGCGAGCGGCCCUACCAGUGCCCUGCCUGCGGCCGCAGCUUCCGCUACAAGGAGUCCCUCAAGGACCACCAGCGCGUGCACGGGGCCGAAGCCGGACCCCCGCCGCCGCCGCAGCCCCCCGGGUUGCCCCCCGGAGAUUAG